GAAUAGAUAAAUGCAGAGAAUAUGAGCCAAAAGAAAGAAAAGGCGAACAGAGAAUGAAGAUCGGCGGCGGGGUGUUGUAUGGUGGAGGUUCACGCGGCAACGUCGUGCCUCUGCUUCUCAACCACCACAGAGCUUCCCUUCGCGUCUCUUCUUCUCUUUCUCUUUCUCUUUCUCCUUCCUCCAUUCCUGACCACGUCUCUUUCGUGAAGGAUGUAGCUACGACUCAGCCUCCUCAGCAUCUCUCACAACUAUUGUGUAUUUUGAAAACCAGAGCAGGUGAAUCUAUUAUCUCUCCCGGUGCCAAGCAAGGAUUAAUCCCUCUUGCUAUACCACUGUCAAAAAAUAGCUCAGGUACUGUAACUGCACUGCUAAGGUGGCCCACUGCUCCACCUGAGAUGGAAAUGCCUGUGGUGGAAGUCAGAGAACAUGGAGUGUGGCUUCUAGCUAAGAGUGUAGACCAAUUUAUACACAGAAUUUUGGUUGAGGAAGAUGCAAAGAACAGUGAAGAGAGAAAUGAAGAACUAUUUUAUGCUUCGGCUGAUGUUGGGAAGAAACUUUACAGAAAGGGUGAUUUUGCAGAGUCUGGAAUUUCUAACCUAGAUGUCUAUCUUUUGAAGAAGGUUGGUGUAUUUCCAGAUAUCUUAGAGCGCAAAGUGAUGCGGCAUUUUGAGGAAGGAGAUCAUGUUUCAGCUCUAGUGACAGGGGAAUUUUAUACCAAGAAGGAGCAUUUCCCAGGAUUUGCACGACCUUUCGUGUUCAAUGCUGAGGUUUUGUUGAGGGUUGGGCGUAAAGUAGAAGCUAAAGAUGCUGCCAGGGGAGCUUUGAAAUCACCAUGGUGGACUCUGGGCUGCAAGUAUCAGGACGUUGCCAAUAUAGCACAAUGGGACGAUGAGCAAAUUGAGUACAUUAAAGAGAAGGUGACUGAAGAGGGAAGGCAAGAAGAUCUUAAAAAGGGAAAGGCGCCUGCUCAGGUUGUACUAGAUGAAGCUGCUUUCUUGUUGGAUUUGGCUUCUAUAGAGGGAAAAUGGGAUGAUUAUUUGGAGCGGAUUGCCAAAUGUUACGAGGAAGCUGGGCUUCAUGAUGUCGCAAAUUUCGUACUUCACAGAGAUUAAUAUGCUUUAUCAUAUAUUCUUCCACCUUCAGGCUUCAGUACCUUUCCAUUUGGCAUUUCCAGUACUUAAUAUGAAGUUUUGGAAAGUAUAAUUAGAGGAAAAUCAUACAAUUCAUUCUUCAGGCCUGUAUAUUUUACCUUGAGUUCUCAUUUCAUUGAAAUCAAUUUAACCUUAAACCUUAAACCCUAUUAUGUUUCAUGAUGUACAUUUAGUAGUAAUAAUAUUGUUACACUCUUAAUUCACAUGUCUCGGGCUUUUUUUCUAAAAAAAAGUUCACAUAGAUGGCAAGUAACUCAAU